CAUCCACAAUACUUUGAAAUGUUCCAACAAGAAAGUGCCUUAGAAAAUGGUAGAAAGGGAUAUUAUGGUUUAAAACAAAUUCACGACCCAUAUGAACAUACUGCAUUAAAUAAAAGAAGCAGAAGAAAGAGAAGACACGAACAAAAAAUGAUUCAAGAAGAAUUAAAGAAAAAUGGCUUUACAAAUCUUUUAUUAAACUCACCAAACAAUAGCUCAAUGACACCCCAAUUUUAUGGAAACAACCCACAAAACCAUCAAGCUUUUUAUCUUUCCCAACAACAACAACAACAACAGCAGCAACAACAUAUACAACCUCACCAACAAGCUGUACCACAAACCCCAAAUCAUUCCCACCAUUUACAUUCACAAUCUCCAUCCCCAAUGACAACACCAUUAUUACAAUUCCAACAACCACCAAGUCAGCACAAUACCCCCAAUCACCACCAAGUUUUAUCAUCUCCAUAUUUAAAAAAUAAUAUAAAUAUGUUCUCUCCACCACCAACCCCAAUUCAAAACACCGCUAA